CGUGGGGGGAACAAAAAAAAAAAAAAAAAAAGCUGACGUCAUAUGCAAUGGCCGGAAGUUACAGACGGGACUGCGUCCGCAGAGGAGGAUGGCUGGGCUGUUGAAGAAGACGACCGGCCUGGUCGGCCUGGCAGUGUCCCACAAUCCACAUGAGCGCCUGAGAAUUCUCUACUCAAAGAUCCUGGCAUCUCUGCAGACGAUGCCACAGGACGCUGCCUACAGGAAGUACACAGAGCAGCUGGUCAGCGAGCGGUUCAACCACGUCAAAACGGAGCCUGAUGUUGAAAAGCUGGAGCAGAAAAUAAACUGUGGUCAGAUUGAAGAAGUCAUUUUCCAGGCGGAGUGUGAGCUGGCUCUGUCCAGGAAGAUGUCCGAGUGGAAACCAUGGGAGCCGCUGAUAGAGGAGCCUCCUCCCAACCAGUGGAAAUGGCCCAUCUGAAGACGCCUGUACAAACUGCUGUCAUACUGUCUGUGUGUGUGUGUGAGAUCCAUACUGCUACUUCUAGUGUACAAAUAAAAGUCCUGCAAAUAUUUCA